AUGGCCACAUGGAGCACUUUUAUCACCUUGUUUCUUGCAAUAUCUACUGGUUUGGCUGCUGCUAGCACGUAUGAAAUCUAUGGAGACCCAACAUGCACCACAGUGCUGACAAAUUUCUCAACUCCAGCACAGUGCUUUCCUGUUCUUCCUGUCUUUGGAUAUAACUUUAUUUUCACAGAGGAGCCUGGAAUCACAUUCUUUGGAGCUGCCUGUUCCAUGUCCAUAAACGGUUCCACAAUUCUCACCAAGAACACUACUGUUUGUGGCCCAUCAACAGUCCUCUCGUUUGGAAUUCUCCCUCUGGUGGAUUGCAACUUGCCGCCUAGACGAUCACCCCCACCUCCACCGCCUAGACGAUCACCGCCACCUCCACCGCCAAGACGAUCACUGCCACCCCCGCCGCCGCCACCCCCGCCGCCAAGACGAUCACCGCCACCCCCACCGCCGAGACGAUCACCGCCACCCCCGCCGCCGAGACGAUCACCACCACCUCCACCGCCUCCAUGUAAGAAAGGUAAAUGUUAGUUGUGUUCUUCCCUUGGAAAUAAAGUUUUUCUACAAAUAUGAGAAAAA